UUGGCGGUGCUCUUUGAUACUCUUUGAUACGUAAGAUUAUUCUAAUUAUAUCAAUAGUAAAUAAAGUUAAGACAAAUUAAUUAUUAGAAAAGAUAUGCAUUAUGUAAGUUUCUGUACGGAAACUGAUCAUAUCUGGUGACGACUCUGGAAAAUCCACAAUUAUAAGACAUAUACAAAGUCAGCACAAUGUCUCUAAUCGGAAAUAUUGAACCAUUUAAUCCAAAUCAAGCUGAUAUAACGACUUAUAUUGAAAGAAUAGAACAAUUAUUUAUUUGUAACGAUGUAGAUGAAAAGAAGAAAGUGCCACUUUUCUUGACUUUAUUAGGGGGAGACGCUUAUAAUGUUUUAAAAGAUCUUUUGUCUCCACAAUUACCUAGUCAAAAGACGUAUACUGCUUUAAAAGAGACAUUAAUAAAUCAUUAUAAUUUAAAAAGGCUUGUAAUAGCAGAACGAUACAAAUUCUACAGUGCAAAUCAAGAUAGUAGUGAAGAUAUUAAAUCAUACCGAACUAAAUUGAAGAAUCUGUCAAAAUAUUGUAAAUUUGAAGGAUUCUUGGAUGAAGCUUUGAGAGACAAAUUCGUCUUUGGUUUAUGUUCAGAACAAAUUAAACAGAGGUUAUUGAUGGAGGAUGAUUUAACAUUUAAAAAGGCAUGUGAAAUAGCUACAAAAAUGGAGUUGACUGAAAACCAAAUAUUUAUCAUGUCUAGAAAUGAUGAAGAGAAUAUUAUUAAUCAAUUGGAUAAUGAUAGGAGUGAUGAAAAGCUAAAUGAAGAAAGCAGUCAGAAUAAAUCAAAUGAAUAUUUGACUCAAGCAAAUCAAGAGUCAAAUAGUAAAACAAUAUCAAGACAAAUGUGUAAACGAUAUAUCAAAGUCAAUAAAGAUUAUAGUGCUAUGAAUUCAAGAUACGUUUCGUGUAAUCAAAUGGAUCAUACAUCAUCCAAAUCUACAUCUAGAAACAGAAUCUGUAAUAUAGAAAACCAAGAAGACAAACAAAAUGAGGAAGAGAAUAAUCAUAUUAUUGAAUUAAAGUUUAUAGAUAUCGAUACAAUUGAUUCUUUAGAAGAGACACGGAAAAAAGCAGAUCCUAAUUAUGCAAGUUGUGAUGAAAACAGAAGGCAUGAAAAAAGAAUCAUACACGAAAAACAAUUUGACGAUACAUAUGAUACUUAUGAUGACAGUAUAGAUGAAGAUUGCGAUUCAUCUUCGCAAUUACAGACUUCAUACAAAAAGACAAAAAUAAACGAAAAUUGGGAGUCGUCUGGAAAAAAAUCUGUGCACGACAAACAAUUGUUGCAUAAAAAGCAAUUCUCUUGUAAUAAAAUUUCACAAAUUGCCGCCUUAUCUACACCAAAGCAUUCAUUGUAUGAUAAAUCACAAACACAGAUAGUUGAUCCACUACAAAUAGUACAAAUGGAUGAGUGUAAUGAAUCGUCUGAAUUUGGACCGCAAGAAAUGAAUGUACAAAAUCUUGAAUUUAUUUCAACUACUGCCCCGUCAGCUACGGUUAGUGACAUUGAAAAGCUAAUUCCGGUUUGUGAAGAAACAUUAAGGUAUGUAAAAAGCAUCGAUAGGAGACUGAGAGUUUUGGAAAGAGGCGUUAUUAAUGAGGAAGAACCUGAAGGAAUGAAUGUAUUCGAUGACAUACUUCCGAUCAAUUCUAUACAAAAUCUUAAACGAUUUGAGGAAAGCAUGGAAACAGCUGAAAUAAAAACGAAAUUUAUGGAAUUUAUGAAAAGAAUUGGAGGCAAAGGCAAUAAAAAUAUGAUACAACGGUGUAUGAGCCGUUUAUUUACAAAUGAAUUCGGCAUAAGUUGUUCUUGGUGUGGUCGCGGGAAUAAUUAUCGCAUGUGCGAUUUAAAAUGUAUCCAAGUUCUAAAAAUUGUGUUAAGAGCCAGGGGUAUCAACGAAUGCGAAUUUGAAACUAUAGCAAGCGAAUGGUUCCGCCUUAGCAAGCUGCGAUAUGACCGCGAAAAUAAAAAGGUAUUGCCUAUUGACGAUUGUGAUACACAGGAAAAGGAGACAUAAUCUAUUAUAUUAUAACGAUGUAUCUCGAAGAUGCAUCGUUUCCCAGUGGCAGAUUUGUCACAUGUCCAGUUGAUCAUCCGCACUUCUUUUCAAUUUUUCAAAUCGCGGACGUUAUAAGGCUUCGCAGACCACAGUGAGUGCGAUGUGCCGCUCGCUAAGGAAAUGAUUUUGGUUAAACUUGAGUGGUGUGAGGACAUCGAUGAAAUUGAUAAAAUU